AUGUCAAAAGCAGUGAAAAUCGGAUCUCUAGCCCUUGCUGGUGCUGGUGGAUAUUAUUUAUAUCAGACCCAGGUCAACCAUAAACAGAUUCUUGCUAAACAGGACACGGACAGAAUCAUCAGUGCUACUCAAGAAACAGUAGAUGCUUCUAAAACAGCUCUUGAACAUAGGUACAAUGAGGCCAAAAACGAUCUGACUUCCCGGUACAACGACGUUAAAACUGCGGCUGACGGAGCUUUCGAUGAAGCUCGUACCAAAGUAGACGCCAAAUACGCAGAGGCUCGUAAAGCUUUUGAUGCCAAAUACAACGAAGCCAAGGGAACUGCUGCCCAGAAAACCGAGGAGGCCCGUAAAGCGUUUGAUGCUAAAUACAACGAGCUCCGCGACAACGCAUCCAAAACGGCUGAAGACGCUCGCAAACAGACCGGAAAGACCUUGGACGAGCUCCGUAAGUCAGUCGACCACGGUCUCGACAAAGCCGACCAACAGAGCCAGAGCUAUAUCACCUCGAUCAAGAACUGGGUCUCCGGCAAAUAA